AAAAUAUUUUUUACACAUCGUUGUGAGCAUGAGCAUAAAGAUUACGCGAUUGGAAAAGGUAAACAAAUAUUCAAAGUAAACAACCAUUAAAGAUAUCUCGAAAUAAUUGUAUGUAUGAGAAAAACAUCUAAUUUGCAUAAUCGGGCUGAAAACUCUACAACAAUCUACAUUUCAUUAUUAUCAAUUCAAGGCAAAAAUAACAAAAACUUGUUUUUUGCAUAUUAAUUAAACUUGUGGACAUUCUCACGCAUGAGAUGUUUAGCUUUGAUUCAUCCAACAAACAUGUCUGUUUUAAGUUCGCACGACAAAGCCGUCCUGGCAUGCGUUUUUAAUCCGAAUUUACCAAUAGAGGAUGCGGAAAUUGAUGUGGAGCUUCAAGAUCAAGAAGAAGAAACCGCAAAUACUAUCUCAAGCAAAAAGAUGGAAAUUCAAGCGGUGACAAUGGUCGAAAAAGGGAAUUUUACGGAGGGUUUAAAUAUGCUUAAUCGAGCCGUUGAGACAGCUCCAAACAGACCUUCCUUGUACAAUAACCGAGCUUACGUAUAUCAAUACCUAAGACGAUUUGAAGAUGCGUUUAAUGACCUGACUAUUGCCAUUGAACUAUGCACUAAUCAACAUCAGAAAACACUAUGCCAAGCAUAUUGUCAAAGGGGCAUAUUGCAUAAACGAGCUGGACGAAAAGAACUCGCAAAGGCAGAUUUUGAUAAAGCUUCAGCAUUAGGCAGCAAAUUUGCUAAAAGUCAGUUGGUGGAGUUAAAUCCCUACGCAGCUCUCUGCAAUCAAAUGCUAAGGCACGUAAUAGAUAUAUUGAAGGAAAAUCGAAGCUGAAUUAUUUACAAUCAAUUUAUUUAAACAUAUUACCUACUAAUAAUGUAUCCCUAAGAAAAUAAAAAGUAUUCCCUAACAAAACAUAAA